AUGAUUGACGAAAAGUUUUUAUGGAAGUCACACAUUCAAUAUGUGGUCAAUAAGAGCAAAGAAAUUUCGCAUAAAAUCGCGGCGGCCGCUAGACUCACGUGGGGUUUCAGGGGCGCGGCUUUGGCAAAAAUUUACGAGGGCGCGGUACAAUCGGCGAUGCUUUACGGGGCACCGAUUUGGGCUGAAGGUUGUAAAGUUAAAGAAUGCAGGUCUCUUUUAAGCGCUCAGAGAAUAUUGACAGUAAAAGCAGCGACGGCGUAUCGUACUGUUCCAUCGGAAGCGGCAUUUGUGUUGAGCAAAAUUCUGCCGUUUGAUAUUCUGUUGCAGGAAACGGCGAAAAGGUACCGCCUUUUCACCGGCCACCCUAGCAACAACGACCUUGACGGACUUCAACUCCAGGACCGACAGCUCGAACGUCGCGUCAGCCUAGCCGACACAGUACAUCCUGCGGACAUGGACAACUUCCGGUUUACCGAGGGAGUCCAGGACGCCUACAACACAGUGAUCUAUACAGAUGGUUCUAGAUUGGACGACGGACGGGCUGGAGGAUCCUUUAUUUUGUUCAACGGAGACGCCGAGAUCCAUCGGGAUAAUUUUACCCUCGCGGAACAUAGUACUAUCUUUCAGUGUGAAAUGAUAGCACUACGACAAGCACUUACACAUCUCCGAGGGCAUUCGGAUAUAAUCAAGGAGUGUUCCAUCGUUACGGACAGCCAGUCAGUUUUGACGGCCCUUCGCAAUAUGAGACAGCCAACUACUCUACAACUGGAGACGUGGGAACUCGCGGUCAAUCUGGCCAGAGAAAUUUCCCUACGUUUCCACUGGACACCGUCGCAUUCUGGUAAUGCGAAAAACGACGCCGCGGAUCAACUUGCGAAAGCCGCCGCCACCGACCAGGCGACUGCACCGAUUUAUAAUUUGGCGCCCAGGACACUCGUCAAGCGACGUCUACGCAAUCUUUUCCUGGAGGCUUGGAAAGAACGAUGGAGGACUGCUACAAAAGGAAGGACUACCGCGAGCUUCCUGCCGGAUCCCUGUUCGGCUCGGUCCGUAACUCCGACUUGCACCCGUCGUCGUUUCGCGCUCGCGGUCGCGGUCGCGGCCCCGUGGGAACGCUCUGGAGACCAAGACGCUGCGGAAGACUGA